AUGGCGGUGAAUCUGAGUAAACAUGGUGAUGCUCUUCAACAAGCUUAUAAUCAAGUACUGAAUGAAGACACAGACUGGGUUUUAUUUACAUAUGAAGAAAACAGUAACAACAUCAAAGUGGCAUCAAAAGGAGGUGGAGGUUUGGAUGAAAUGGUAGAGGAGCUGAACACGGGGAAGGUGAUGUACGGGUUCUGCAGACUGACUGAUCAGAACUCUGGAGUGUCGAAGUUUGUUCUCAUUAACUGGACUGGUGCGGGAGUGAAGGGAGUGAGACGAGGAGUUUGUGCCAAUCACAUCCCAUCAAUUGCCAAUUUUCUGAGGGGAGCUCAUGUAACAAUAAAUGCAUAUUCUGAAGACGAUGUUGAUCCUGAUGAGAUUAUGAAUAAAGUCUUUCAGACUGUUGGAGUAAAUUACAGUGUUGAAACGGAGACGGACCACGGCGGCCUCGCUAAAGCUCCUCGUUCUGUGGGUACCAAGUAUCAGAAGACCAACGCUUUAGAAGAAAUGAAUGGAAUUGAUCGAGAAACCUUCUGGGCUCAGCUGGAGAAGGAGGAAAAAAACCGGCGUAAACAGGAGAAAAAGAAAGCGGAGGAAGAACAACAGAGAUUUGAGAGAGAGAGACAAGAACAGGAUGAGAGAGAAGCAGCCGAGAGAGAACAACUCCAGAAAGAGAGAGCCAAUCAGAUCAAACAGCAGAGGCUGUUGGAGAAGAAACAGGACGUGGAGAUCAAAACUAAUCAGCAACAAAAACUGGUGGAAGAAGAACUUCAGGUCACUCAGUGGAAAGAGGUUAGAAGUUCCAGAUCUGCACCGGUAGCCAAUGGUACAGUCCAUCAGAACAGCAGCAGUUUAGAAGGAAUGAAUGCAAGUGACAGAGAAACGUUUUGGGCUCAGAUAGAGAAGGAGGAAGAAAAUCGGCGUCAGCAGGAGAGAAGGAAAGCCGAGGAGGAACGACAGCGAGAUGAGAGAGAGAGAGAAGAAGAGGAAAAGAGAGCGACAGCUGAGAGAGAGAGAUGCCAGAGAGAACGAGCCAAUCAGAUCAAUCAACAGAGGGUGGUCGAGAAACGACAGGAAAUAGAAAGUAAAAAUCAGCGUCAGGACACGAGGAGCAGUGCUUUUAUAGAACUUUCAGAAAGUGAGAGAGAAAAGUUCUGGGCUGAACUGGAGAAGGAGGAAAAAAAUCAGCGCCAGCAGGAGAAAAAGAAAGCGGAGGAAGAACGACUUAGAUUUGAGAGAGAGAGACAAGAACAGGAUGAGAGAGAAGCAGCCGAGAGAGAACAACGCCAGAAAGAGAGAGCCAAUCAGAUCAAACAGCAGAGACUGUUUGAGAUGAAACAGGAAGUGGAGAGUAAAAAUCAGCAGGAAGUGAAGGAGGAAAAAAAUCGGCGCCAGCAGGAGAAAAAGAAAGCGGAGGAAGAACGACAGAGAUUUGAGAGAGAGAGACAAGAACAGGAUAAGAGAGAGGCAGCCGAGAGAGAACAACGCCAGAUAGAGAGAGCCAAUCAGAUCAAACAGCAGAGACUGUUUGAGAUGAAACAGGAAGUGGAGAGUAAAAAUCAGCAGGAAGUGGAGAACAAAGAACUUCAGUGGAAAGGAAUCAGAAGUUCCAGAUCUGUACUGGAGACCAACGAUGCAGCAGCAGUGAUCACUAAGCGCUCAGUCGAUCCCAGAGAUCUUCUCAAACAGACCCAGAGAAACUCACAACCAGUUUCCUCAGGUCUGAGCUACACUCCAGUCUCCCAGAAUUCUUCACGUGUAUCAGAGAAAUCUGCUCCGGUCUCUCAGUACUCUCCUCGGGUUUCUACUGCAACUAUUCCUGCUCCUGAUUUCACAUGGCGUGAUACAGAUAAUGAUGAAGAAGACCAGCAGCAGGGAAACAUCUACGACAUGGUUCCUGUUCAUCAUACUCAGGGUUACUAUGACGAUGAUGCUAAACUGCAGGGUGUUUGUGCUCGAGCUCUGUUUGAUUAUCAGGCUGCUGAUGCCACAGAGAUCACCUUUGACCCUAAUGACAUCAUCACUGAUAUCGACAUGUUUGAUGAAGGAUGGUGGCGCGGGUUCAGCCCUGAUGGUCAUUAUGGGAUGUUUCCUGCUAAUUUUGUUGAGCUUAUUUAAAUUUGCACUAAUGAAUGUUUUUGUUCUCUGACUUCAUGAUAAAUCACAGAGUCACAUGAUCUCACAGAUCAUGAGUCUUUACACAGAUCCUCAUCAAAAUCACUUCAU